AUGAAUGCGCGAAGAGUGCUUGUGCUCCGGCUGGCGGUGCUGGUGUGCAUGGUCACCCUCGCCGCCUGCUCCCAGUGCACGUGGGAGUACGAAAAGUCCAGCGUCGUCUGCCGGUUACGGACGCUCGAACGUACCGGGCUCGAUCUGCAGGGUGCCGAAGGUACCUCCCGGUUGGACAUCGCGUGCAGUGAGCUGAUACUGUUCGAGAGCCAACUGCCGCGGAACAGCUUUAGCCGGCUGGCGGCACUCGGCGAGCUUCGGGUCGAGUCCUGCAAGCUGCUCCAGCUGCCCGAGGGUGCCUUUGAGGGUUUGCUGGCCCUGAAGAAGCUGAGCGUUAACACGCGCAACUACGAGUGGGGACCGGGCAAGGUGCUGGAACUGCAGGCCGGCUCGAUGCGCGGCCUUAAAGAACUGCAAUCGCUCGAUCUGAGCGACAACAAUAUCCGUGCGCUGCCCGACGGUUUCCUGUGUCCGCUGACCGGGCUGAAGGUGUUGAACCUUACGAACAACCGCUUCCGGUCGGCGGAAGCACUCGGCCUGGCGGAGAAGACCUGUGCCGGUGGGUCGGAACUGCAAGCGCUUAAUCUCGCCUACAACGAGCUCCGGGCCGUGCCGACCGGCUGGGGCGUAUCGAAGUUGCGCCGGCUGCAACAUCUAAACCUCGAGUUCAACAACAUCUCUGAGGUGCACGGUGAUGCGCUGGCCGGGCUGGGUUCGCUCCGUACGCUCAACCUUAGCUACAACCAUCUGGAAACCUUACCGGCUGGGCUGUUUGCCGGUUCGCGGGACCUGCGGGAGAUUCAUCUGCAGGGUAACCAGAUCUAUGAGCUACCCCGCGGACUGUUCCACCGGUUGGAGCAGCUGCUCGUGCUGGAUCUGUCGCGCAAUCAGCUAUCAUCGCACCACGUCGACAAUGGUACGUUUUCGGGGCUGAUCCGGUUGGUGGUGCUGAAUCUGGCCCACAACGCGCUCACCCGCAUCGAUGCGCGUACCUUUGCGGAGCUGUACUUCCUGCAGAUACUGGAUCUCCGCAACAACUCGAUCGGUUACAUCGAGGAUAAUGCGUUCCUGCCGGUGUACAAUCUGCACACGCUCAACCUGGCCGAAAACCGACUGCACACGCUCGACGACCGGCUCUUCAACGGGCUGUUCGUGCUGUCCAAGCUGACGCUGAACAACAACCUGAUCAGCAUCGUGGAACCGAACGUGUUCCGCAACUGUUCCGACCUGAAGGAGCUGGAUCUCAGCUCGAACCAGCUGACCGAGGUGCCGUACGCAAUCCGCGACCUGUCGAUGCUGCGAGCACUCGAUCUCGGCGAGAACCAGAUCGCACGCAUCGAGAACGGUACGUUCGCCAACCUGAACCAGCUGACCGGGCUGCGGCUAAUCGACAACCAGAUCGAAAACGUCACCGUGGGCAUGUUUGCCGAUCUGCCCCGGCUGUCCGUGCUUAACCUGGCGAAGAACCGUGUGCAGAACAUCGAGCGCGGCUCGUUCGAUCGCAACCUGGACAUUGAAGCGAUCCGGCUGGACGGUAACUUCCUGACGGACAUUAACGGGAUCUUCGCAACGCUCGCCUCGCUGCUGUGGCUGAACCUGGCCGAGAACCACCUGGUGUGGUUCGACUACGCGUUCAUCCCGAGCAACCUGAAGUGGCUGGACAUCCAUGGUAAUUACAUCGAAUCGCUCGGCAACUACUACAAGCUGCAGGAGGAGAUCAAGGUGAAGACGCUCGAUGCGAGCCACAACCGGCUGACGGACCUCGGGCCGAUGAAUGUGCCGAACAGUGUGGAGCUGCUGUUCGUCAACGAUAACCACAUUGGCACGAUCCACGCCAACACGUUCAUCGACAAGGUGAACCUGGCCCGGGUGGAUCUGUACGCGAACGCGCUCAAGAAGCUGCAGCUGCAUCAGCUGCGGGUCGCGCCGGCCCCAACCACGGACCGGCCGCUGCCCGAGUUUUAUCUCGGUGGCAACCCGUUCGAGUGCGACUGUUCGAUGGAGUGGAUGCAGCGGGUGAACAAUCUGACCACGCGACAGCAUCCGAAAAUUAUGGACCUGCCCAACGUGGAGUGCAUUAUGCCGCAUGCCCGUGGGUCCCCGAUCCGUCCGAUAGUGUCGCUGCAGCCGAAAGACUUCCUGUGCCGGUACGAGACGCACUGUUUCGCGCUGUGCCACUGUUGUGAUUUCGAUGCGUGUGACUGUGAGAUGACGUGCCCGUCGAACUGCACCUGCUACCACGACCAAACCUGGGGCACGAAUGUGGUGGACUGCGGCAAUCAGGGUGCGGCCUCUGCGGCUGCCGGUGGACUCCGGCCAGUGCCAAUGGACGCGACGGAGGUGUAUCUGGACGGGAACGACAUCCCGGAACUGCAGCAUCAUGUGUUCAUCGGGCGCAAGAAUCUGAAGGUACUGUACGCGAACGCGAGCCAUAUCACCACGAUCCAGAACCGAACGUUUGCGGGCCUGACGGCACUGCAGGCACUGCAUCUGGAGGAUAAUGCGCUCCAGAGAAUCCACGGCUAUGAGUUCGAGAACUUGGCACUGUUGCGCGAGCUCUACCUGCAGAACAAUGCGCUGCAAAGCAUUGCCAAUGGGUCGUUUGCACCGCUGUACUCGCUGCGCGUGUUACGACUCGAUGGGAACCGGCUGGUGACGAUGCCUCUGUUCCAGCUGCAGGCCGCCCAGGGUAACCUGCAGGCACUGCAGUCCCUCUCGCUCGGGCGUAACCCGUGGAGCUGCCGGUGUCGCUUCCUGCCAGAGCUGACCGCGUUCGUCGCGGACAACGCGGUGAUUGUGCAGGACCCGCAGGAUGUGUACUGUGCGGACGAUGGUGUGCACCGUGAGCUGGACUUUAACGUGAGUGCCGCGUGCAGUGACUUUUACGCCGGCCGUUCCGUGCUACCCGGUGACCGGCUGUCCGAAACGUACAUCCUGCUGAUGGCCGGUGCGUUCGUGCUCACCUGCCUGCUACUGCUGGCCGUGCUAGUGUUUGUGUUCCGUGAGCCACUCCGGUUCUGGCUGUUCUCGCGUUACGGUGUGCGUGUGUUCGGACCGCGGUGCGAAGAUUCGGAAAAGCUGUACGACGCGAUCCUGCUGUACUCGGCCAAGGACGCGGAGCUGGUGGCGCGCAGUAUAGCGGGCGAGCUGGAGAAUGGGCGGCCUCCGUUGCGGUUGUGCCUGCAGCACCGGGACCUGCCGGAGGAUGCGUCCCAUCUGCAGCUGCUCGAGGCUUCCCGUGCUUCGCGCCGCAUUGUGGUGCUGCUGUCGCGCAACUUCCUGCAAACGGAGUGGAGCCGGUGUGAGUUGCGGCGGGCGGUGCACGAUGCACUGCGGGGCCGUCCGCACAAGUUGGUGGUGGUCGAGGAAGGUGGCGGGGUACUGCUGGAGGCGGAGAAUGAUGUGGAGUUGGUGCCGUAUCUGAAGACGACUACGGUCACGCGAGUGCGGCGUAGCGAUCGUCACUUCUGGGAGAAGCUGCGGUACGCGCUGCCGGUGGAGGCACCGUACCGUGGCAACAACUACACCAUCGACCAUCACGAACGGGUGAAGCAGACGGUUGGUGCCGGUGUUGGUGGUGGUGGCGGUGGUGCUGCUGGUGUUAUGUUCCGGCAGCCACCACCACCGGCCUACUGUCCGGAGAUCGACGAGGCGAACUACUCGUCGGCGACGACGGCCACCCCAUCGCCGCGCCCGUCUCGCCGCGGCAUGGUCGAGGUGCCGACGCAGCGUCCACCGAGCGAACACAUCUACUCGAGCAUCGACUCCGACUACAGUACGCUCGAGUGCGAGAACAUGGUGAUGGCACCGGCCGGCGUACAUCGACCGUCGUGGCGAUCGGCGGGUGGCCAUCCGGUGCAGAACGGUGGCACGAUGCACCCGCACGGUCCGGGUGCCGGUGGCCAUCACGUGCAGGCGUAUCUGGUAUGA